AUGCUCCGCUCAACCACUAUCACCACCACCACCACCGCCACCUUCACACGACACCUCCGUCAUCACCAUCUCCGCCCCCUCACCCCAUCCCUCCUCUCACCCACCAACCUCACAACCCACAAUGGCAACCCCACCACCACCCCUCCCCCUCGUCGCUCCUUCACCACAACCCCCACCAUAGAACCCCUCCUCUCCACCACCACCUCUCUAAUCCUCACCUUACAAUCCACAACCUCCCUCCCCUGGCUCCUCACGAUCCCCUUAGUAGCCUUAACCGUCCGAACCUGCAUAACCCUCCCCUUCACACUCUACUCCCACAAACGCACCAUAAAACAACUCUCCUUAUCCCCCAUAAUCCACGCCUGGUCAUUCAUCUACCGUCGACAAGUCGCGAAGGAAGUCUACCCACCUACUACCAGUAGUAAUAGUACAAUACCAAAAGAAUUAAUAGGAAAGAAAAUAUUCAACACACCAGAGAAAUGGACGAAAGAAGUAUUAAAGAGAACGAAAAAUAAAAGGGUGGAGUUAUACAAACAGUUUGGAUGUCAGUAUUGGAAGGGGUUUGUGGGGUUGAUACAGAUUCCGGUGUGGGUUUUGGCUUCUGUAAGCGUUAGGAGGGUUACGGGGGUGAAUGGGUGGGAUGCUCCGAUUGAUAUUUCGAAAAGAGCGAGGGAGAUGAAUUCUUCUUCUGGUUUAGAAUCUGAGGUAGUGAUGGAGGAGGGUGUAUCUACUACAUCGUCAUCAUCACCACUGGUAUCGAUACCAGAGAAUGGAACACCAGGACUCGAUGAAAUAACAGCAAAAGUCAGGGAGGAAAUGCAAACAGGAGGAAUAGACGGAUGGUUUGUGGAUUUAUUACAGCCGGAUCCGUAUAUGAUCCUUCCCAUUAUAUUCUCCCUAACCCUGUUUACAAACGUUAUGUCCGCAACAGCAAGAGCUACUAAGGAACCUACAGGUUGGAGAAAAGGUUUGAGAAAUGCCUUGAUGGGGAUAAGUCUUGCUGCUUUCCCAUUGACGAUUGGAUCACCGGCCGUGCUGCUGUUGUAUUGGAUCACAUCGGGUACCUACUCAUUAAUACAGAAUACGGUAUUACAUACGGUACUACCGCCACCCAAGAGUGUAGCUCCAGUCGGGGAGAAGGUACCUAGUUGGUUAAAGAAGGACAAAACAGAAGAAUAUAAGUAA